AUGGCAUCGGACAGCCAACGAGGAACGGUCCAAGAUGACACUGCCUGCCCAUCUUCGAGACGACGCACCAAUCUCAGGAGUCGCCCCCGAAAAGACAGAAAGGAGUCUCGAGCCGGCAGGAGUUCCGCCCCUGUGAAAUCGCCUGCAGAUGACAAACCAGUCGACCUUGAGGCGUUGCGAAGAGCCCGCUUAGACUAUAUCGAUACAUCUGCCGGAAACAGAACGAAGAAGAUGAAAUACGUCGGAGAGACCAUCACAAGAGAAGCUGUAAAAGCGAAAGACGUCCGACAUGUGCGCCAAACGUCGGCUGUAAAGCGACGGCGUAAGGUAAUCGACCCAGAACGGAAGCAUGUUCGGCGCAAAGUGCGGAACAACAAAGCAGAGGCGGGCGACUAUCAACCAGUGUACGAUGAUUGUAGCAGAGAACAAGACAUCGAAGCCAGAAAAGAUGAUGUAGAGGGAAAUGAGUCGGACGGGGACGAACAUAGCGAUGUGCAGAUCAAGGCGCCCUCUCAGUCGAGGCGGCAGACCAUCGAUAGGUGCACUAAGGGAGAUAAUAAAAGACGGUUCGGUGGACAGGAUGCUGCUGUUGAAAAGCAGCGAGAGACUUGUCGAAGGAGGCAGAGCGAGCCUAUAGGACCGACACACCACGCUCCCCGAAACUCGUAUGGUAUUGAUGAGUGCAAGCCAGCCUCAUCAGAAAGAAACACACCGUCUAGGCAAAGCCCACACGUUUCUCGACCUUCACUGCAACGCAGUGCAACCACCAUACGUUCUAAACCCGACGCUACUCUGACAACAGGGCUGGGUCCUACACGAGCAAAGAACGCACCAUCUAUUGCAGGGUCGCAUGCUAAAAAGGGGUCAGGCAUAUUGUCAAACUUUCUACGAAGUACGCCCGCUACCCAGUCGAGUCUCAAAAAGGUGACCUGUCUCACUUGCGGCUCGGACGACGUACCAAUCAUCAAGACAGCGAAACUUGCCUGUACGCACAGGAUGUGCCAUGGUUGCUUGCGCCGCAUCUUUACGAUGUCUGUCGGCGACCCUGCCCACAUGCCACCAAAAUGUUGCACUUCUGAUCACAUUCCGCUCAAAUAUGUCGACAAGCUCUUCGACCAAAAGUUCAAAAAGACCUGGAACAGGAAGUUCCAUGAGUAUACGACGCGAGACCGUAUCUACUGCCCGUCUCGCCAUUGUGGCGAGUGGAUCAAACCGAAUCAUAUCAACGUGGAGAAUGGUCGCAAAGUAGGAAAAUGCAAAAGAUGUGGGACACGCGUAUGCUGCGUAUGUAACAACAAAAUGCACACUUCUCGAGAAUGUCCCAAGGAUCCCGAGGCCAAUGCCUUCGCCGAAGUUGCUAAGAAAGAAGGGUGGCAACGCUGCUUCAACUGUUCUGCUAUGGUCGAGCUGAAAGAAGGAUGCAACCAUAUGACGUGCAGGUGCACUGCAGAGUUCUGCAUGAUAUGUGGCAACAAGUGGAAGACCUGUGACUGUCCCUGGUUCAACUACGAGGCGGUAGAAGCGGACAGAUUGCAGCACAUGGACAUGGCGCAAGGGGGGAGAGUGUAUAACGAUGAAGAUAGACGUGCCCCUAUCAGGUAUCAAGAAGAAUUGGAUCGAAGAAGACACCAAGAGCACAGGGACGAAGCCUUGGCCAGGCGCAUGCAAGUGCUAGGUGUCGACGAUGAACCAUCUGAUGACAUUGUCGCAGGUGACAAUCCAGGGCAAAUACUUGGUCUAGGAAAUGCAGCUGAGCACUUUCUCAACCAUGAUUUCAGGCAACAAGCAAGAAACAUCCUUACCGGUAACUUUCGACAAGCUGCUCACGCUGCAGAGGGAUUGCUUAACGGAACGGUCACUGGCAGAGAAAAUCCUCUGCCACCAGGUCCCUAUGAGUUGGAUGCUCCAGCUCGCACCAUGGCAAACCAAACAGCACAGCUUCUGAGGCACGACACUGCUUCCAAUACGGCCUGGAAUAACGCGGCCAGAAUAGGAUCAAACGGCCAACACAAUCCCAGGCGUAGAAAUGGUAACAUCGCAGCCAACCGCACUACAAACGACCCUGCUGAAGAAAUCAUACCUCUUCCUACGGCACUACCAAAUGCGGCAAGAAGGCCUGCAGUACGCAACAUCAACCGUGGUCGUCGAGCAGGCGGACUUGAGGACUUGCUUGCUGCUGAUCGGUUAGAGAGCGCAAAUGAAAGCACUGCUGAGCAGCGCAUCGAGAACUGGCGGAGUGAGGUACCUGUUGGCCAACCUGCCAACGGGGUGGCUCUUGUAUGA